UAACUUAUCACCAGGGGCGGACUGACAACUCAUGGGGCCCCCGGGCAAUAGGGGAUCAUGGGGCCCCUGUGUCCUUGCCCAAACUCAAAAAAGUCUAUGAAAAAGUUACCAGGGGCAUCUCAUGGAGCCCCCUACUGACCGGGCCCUCGGGCAGUGCCCGAGUUUCCAAAUGGUCAGUCCACCCCUGCUUAUCACUGUCCUGAUGGGUGCUUGCAUUUUGGAAAAAUCCCACCAACCUGGGAAUAUACUGAUGCUACUAACCAGUCUGUUGAAUACCAUAUGCGGCGGUACCCAUUUGCUAUAUUUUAUCUUUGAA